UGAUUAGGCUGUAUGGUACGAUACAUUUGCCUUUCCAAUUAGAAAAAUAGAACUAACUACUACUGUCAUACCGUUGUCAAUUUUUAAAAGAAAAUCCUCUUCGCUAAUAAUUGUAUGCGAAGUAAAUGGUAAUCUUUUGAGGUAAACAAAUAAUAGUAAACAAUGGGUGGUCACGGACAUGGGCCCCCGUACACAGUGCCUCACUACUCCCAGUUUACUGUCAAAGGUAUCCCACAACUGGAUGAGCUUGAAAAGGCCUUAGCUGUUAAAGGACUUAAAGAUCCAUGGAUCAGAAAUGAGGCUUGGAGAUAUCACCCUGGAUUUGGCACUCGCUGGCAGAGAGCCAGAAAAUUCUUCUUUAGAGGAUUUCCCAUUGGACUGGGACUCACAGUAAUCACAGUGGCUCUGGAUAAAUUUAUGGGAGGGGGUGAACAUGGGCAUGGUCACGGGCACGAGGGAGAGCAUUGACUUUGUUGUGAAUUGUUUACAUCAUUGUAGUUGAAAUAAAAUAGAAUUACUUA